UUCCCUCCCUCCCGGGCCCGACGCCGCCCGGCCCAGUCCCCGCGCUGCUCAGCCCCGGCCCGGCCCGCCUGGCCCCGCGCCGCAGUCUCCCUCCCUCCCGCUCUGUCCCCGCUCGGGCUCCCACCCUCCCCGCCCGAGAGGAGAGCAGUCGGCCCGGCGGCGCGAAUAGCGCCACUCCUGGGAGGGGGGGAGACCGCGAGCGGCCGGCUCAGCCCCCGCCAGCCGGGGCGGGACCCUGAGGCCCGGGAGGGACCCCAACUCCAGCCACGUCUCCCUGCGCGCCGGCCCGGCGUGGCCACUGCCAGCACGCCCCGGGCCCGCCGCCGGUGCGCGCGGAGUAGACGCGGGGCCACACUUGGGCGCCUCACCCGGUGCCCCGCGCGCUCGCAUGGGCCCGCGCUGAGGGCCCCGACGGAAAGUCCCGCGCGGAGAAUCGGCGUCCACUCGCCCAAGGAGAAUCAGAGCUGGGGGGGCGAGGGCCCCCCAAACUCGGAUCGGAUCCUAACCGAGUGAGGCGGCGCCAUGGAGCUCCGGGCGCUGCUCUGCUGGGCUUCUCUGGCCGCUGCUUUGGAAGAGACCCUGCUGAAUACAAAAUUGGAAACUGCUGAUCUGAAGUGGGUGACGUUCCCUCAAGUUGAUGGGCAGUGGGAGGAGCUGAGCGGCCUGGAUGAGGAGCAGCACAGCGUGCGUACCUACGAGGUGUGUGAUGUGCAGCGCCCCCCGGGCCAGGCCCACUGGCUCCGCACAGGCUGGGUCCCACGGCGGGGCGCCGUCCACGUGUACGCCACGCUGCGCUUCACCAUGCUGGAGUGUCUGUCCCUGCCUCGGGCCGGGCGCUCCUGCAAAGAGACUUUCACCGUCUUCUACUAUGAGAGCGACGCUGACACGGCCACGGCCCUCACACCUGCCUGGAUGGAGAACCCCUACAUCAAGGUGGACACGGUGGCCGCCGAGCAUCUCACCCGGAAGCGCCCUGGGGCGGAGGCCACCGGGAAGGUCAAUGUGAAGACGCUGCGCCUGGGACCGCUCAGCAAGGCCGGCUUCUACCUGGCCUUCCAGGACCAGGGCGCCUGCAUGGCCCUGCUGUCCCUGCACCUCUUCUACAAGAAGUGUGCCCAGCUGACUGUGAACCUGACCCGCUUCCCGGAGACCGUGCCUCGGGAGCUGGUCGUGCCCGUGGCCGGGAGCUGCGUGGUGGAUGCCGUCCCCGCCCCUGGCCCCAGUCCCAGCCUCUACUGCCGUGAGGACGGCCAGUGGGCCGAGCAGCCGGUCACGGGCUGCAGCUGUGCUCCGGGGUUCGAGGCAGCUGAGGGGAACACCAAGUGCCGAGCCUGUGCCCAGGGCACCUUCAAGCCCCUGUCUGGAGAAGGGUCCUGCCAGCCAUGCCCAGCCAACAGCCAUUCUAACACCAUCGGAUCAGCUGUCUGCCAGUGCCGCAUUGGGUACUUUCGGGCACACACAGACCCCCGGGGUGCGCCCUGCACCACCCCUCCCUCGGCUCCACGGAGCGUGGUUUCCCACCUGAACGGCUCCUCCCUGCACCUGGAGUGGAGCGCCCCCCUCGAGUCAGGCGGCCGAGAGGACCUCACCUACGCUCUCCGCUGUCGGGAGUGCCGACCUGGAGGUUCCUGUGCGCCCUGCGGGGGAGACCUGACCUUCGAUCCCCGUACCCGGGACCUGGUAGAACCCUGGGUGAUGGUUCGAGGCCUGCGUCCUGACUUCACCUAUGCCUUUGAGGUCACUGCGUUGAACGGGGUGUCCUCCUUAGCCACAGGGCCCGUCCCAUUUGAGGCUGUCAAUGUCACCACGGACCGAGAGGUACCCCCUGCAGUAUCCGACAUCCGGGUGAUGAGGUCCUCACCCAGCAGCUUGAGCUUGGCAUGGGCUGUUCCCCGGGCACCUAGUGGAGCUGUGCUGGACUACGAGGUCAAGUACCAUGAGAAGGGCGCCGAGGGUCCCAGCAGCGUGCGGUUCCUGAAGACAUCAGAAAACCGGGCAGAGCUGCGGGGGCUGAAGCGGGGAGCCAGCUACCUGGUGCAGGUGCGGGCACGCUCUGAGGCCGGCUACGGGCCCUUCGGCCAGGAGCAUCACAGCCAGACCCAACUGGAUGACGGAGUCUUGCACGGGCUGGAGUAUAGUGGCGAGAUCUCGGCUCACUGCAACCUCUGCCUCCUGGGUUCGAGCGAUUCUCCUGAUUUGGCCUCCCGAGUAGCUGGGAUUGCAGAGAGCGAGGGCUGGCGGGAGCAGCUGGCCCUGAUCGUGGGCACAGCGGUUGUGGGUGUGGUGCUGGUCCUGGUGGUCAUUGUGGUCGCUGUUCUCUGCCUCAGGAAGCAGAGCAGCGGGAGAGAAGCCGAAUAUUCGGACAAACACGGACAGUAUCUCAUCGGGCAUGGUACUAAGGUCUACAUCGACCCCUUCACUUACGAAGACCCUAACGAGGCCGUGAGGGAAUUUGCAAAAGAGAUCGAUGUCUCCUACGUUAAGAUUGAAGAGGUGAUUGGCGCAGGUGAGUUUGGUGAGGUGUGCCGGGGGCGGCUCAAGGCCCCCGGGAAGAAGGAGAGCUGUGUGGCCAUCAAGACCCUGAAGGGCGGCUACACGGAGCGGCAGCGGCGGGAGUUCCUGAGCGAGGCCUCCAUCAUGGGCCAGUUUGAGCACCCCAAUAUCAUCCGCCUGGAGGGUGUGGUCACCAACAGCAUGCCCGUCAUGAUUCUCACGGAGUUCAUGGAGAAUGGUGCCCUGGACUCCUUCCUGCGGCUAAACGACGGACAGUUCACGGUCAUCCAGCUGGUGGGCAUGCUGCGGGGCAUCGCCUCAGGCAUGCGGUACCUUGCUGAGAUGAGCUACGUGCACCGAGACCUGGCUGCCCGCAACAUCCUAGUCAACAGCAACCUCGUCUGCAAAGUGUCUGACUUUGGCCUUUCCCGAUUCUUGGAGGAAAACUCUUCCGAUCCCACCUACACAAGCUCUCUGGGAGGAAAGAUUCCCAUCCGAUGGACAGCCCCGGAAGCCAUUGCCUUCCGGAAGUUCACUUCUGCCAGUGAUGCCUGGAGUUAUGGGAUUGUGAUGUGGGAGGUGAUGUCAUUUGGGGAGAGGCCGUACUGGGACAUGAGCAAUCAGGACGUAAUCAAUGCUAUCGAACAGGACUACCGGCUGCCCCCACCCCCAGACUGUCCCACCUCCCUCCACCAGCUCAUGCUGGACUGUUGGCAGAAAGAUCGGAAUGCCCGGCCCCGCUUCCCCCAGGUGGUCAGCGCCCUGGACAAAAUGAUCCGGAACCCUGCCAGCCUCAAAAUCGUGGCCCGGGAGAAUGGCGGGGCCUCACACCCUCUCCUGGACCAGCGGCAGCCUCACUACUCAGCUUUUGGUUCUGUGGGCGAGUGGCUUCGGGCCAUCAAGAUGGGAAGAUACGAAGAAAGUUUUGCAGCCGCUGGCUUUGGCUCCUUCGAGCUGGUUAGCCAGAUCUCUGCCGAGGACCUGCUCCGAAUCGGAGUCACUCUGGCGGGCCACCAGAAGAAAAUAUUGGCCAGUGUCCAGCACAUGAAGUCCCAGGCCAAGCCGGGAGCCCCGGGUGGGACAGGAGGACCAGCCCCGCAGUACUGACCUGCAGGAACUCCCCACCCCAAGAACGCGGCCUCCCCAUCUUUCUGGGGCAGAAUGGGGACUCCUAGAGGCCCCCAGCCCUGCGCCCCGCUGGAUUGCACUUUGAACCCGUGGGGUGGGGAGUUGGCAAUUUGGAGAGAGAGAAUUUGGGGGUUCUGCCAUACAGGAGUGGAACAUCACCCCUCAUCCCCCUUGGGGAACUCUAGACCAAGGGUGAACGCGCCUUUCCCUCGGGACUGGGUGUGACCAGAGGGAAAAGGAACACCCAUCAUCUCCCGGCCUCCCCAGGUGCCCCCCCACUCAUCUUGACGGGUGUGUUCCCGUAGACCAAAGAGAGCAUGACUCCCUUGCCAGCUCCAGAGUAGGGGGCUGUCCCAGGGGCAAGAAGAGGGGUCAGGCCCCCGUGACAAAAUCAUUGGGGUUUGUAGUCCCAACUUGCUGCUGUCACCACCAAACGCAAUCAUUUUUCUCCCUUGUAAAUGCCCCUCUCCCAGCUGCUGCCUUCAUAUUGAAGGUUUUUUGAGUUUUGUUUUUGGUCUUAAUUUUUCUCCCCGCCCCUUUCUGUUUUCUCGUUUCAUUUUUCUAUGGUCCUUGUCAUAACUCUGUGUUGGAGGGAACCUGUUUCACUAUCACCUCCUUUGCCCACGUUGAAACAGGGACCCAUCUUGUCUGUUUCCAAAAGAGUGCCUUGGUCAUGCCACCUCCCCGACCCCCCUGGGACCCCCAAGCUGUGUCCAUGAAGGGGUGCGGGCUGAGGUAGUGAAAGGGGUGGUAGGUGGUGGUGGAACCCAGAAACUGACGCUGGUGCUUGGAGAGGGUUCUUAAAUUAUAUUUAAAAAAACAAUUUUUUGUAUAAAUAAAAGAAAAUGGGACAAGUCCCAGCUCCAGGGGUGA